CAGGACAUUUUGUGGACUCACAAAUUUUUGUUCGUACUCGAAGCCUACAGCUUUCACGGAGAUAAAGGACUCCAACUCCUUGUCCGAAGCAAUUGGAACUAAGUUAGUCCUAAGACAGCUUGUUGCUUAAAUGGUGGUGCGAUGGCCUCAUAGGCUCAUUGGAUUGGCUUUUUUCCUCUCUUAAAGACAUUCUAUACUGAAAAUAUUGCAUGAGUCUCGGACGUUGACACUGAGAAGAUACGAGUGUCUGGAUGUAAAGAGUAGUGAUCCUGCGGUGGCUUGUUUAAAGGAGUGGCGGAUGGUUUUCGAGUAAGACGCUACAUCAAUUUCAGAUUAAAUGUCCCGAAGAGAAGUGGUCCUGCAGCACGGAGAGAAAGUUAGUAGGGGCUGCUGGAUGGAUCCACGGAAGGCGAUUUAGGGAAUUUCCUUUGAGGUACAUCUACUGCACCGGAAUUUGAGCUAUCGGAAGAGAGGGACUCGUAAAGAUUCAGAAACGUUGCCUUCUAGGAAAGGAAAAUUUCUGUUCCAAUACCCUCCACGGAAGGUAUUUCCUAGUUUUGUAUCAAGAACGCCAAACGCAACUCAAUAGCCUUUCAUAAUCUUUCUCCCAGUGGCUCGCACAAGGUCAGGGACGCUCGUGUGCAUUCAAUUUUCACAAGUCAAGUGAGCAUGCCUCGAAGUAGUUUUGGCACGGUGAAGCAAGAAUUAUAUCUGAGCUCGUGAGGAUGAUGCUCGGCACAAGAUUCUGUGAAUAGAAGAGUGAGCGGCAUUGGAAUAGGUUGCAGAAGAUUUAUCUGAAAUGGCGCCGAUGUUCGAGCCGGCACCGGCAUCAAGACGACCUCGCUCGGCAAUUGGAAUUGGAGCACUAUUCGAGACAUCAUAUAUGGUGGAAAAGGCGAAUGCAAGGUCAGAAUCAAGUCGGACAAGUCGAGCAUCCCUGGAAGUCUUUGGUGGAGCCCCACGUCUUCUUCAAGCAGGCAUCUUUGACGAGCCUACUCCUCCCAAUGAACAGAACGAGGAACCACCAGCUAUCUCCGAUAGUUAUUCCUUGUUUGAGAGUAUGAUGGAAGCUUCGAUGAAGAGCACGGACCCAGCUAUGGACAUGAAGAACGUUUCGCCUUUUCCAACACCACUUAGAACCACUCGGGUGACCUCACCUGCAUUGCCACAGAGUAGUGUAAAUUUGGCGCAAGUCGAGAGGUCCUUGUCCGAUAGAGCACUGAUUUUCGACGCGCCGAGAUCAUCAUCGUCGCGGAUGAGCUCGGCACGGAUUAGCUCCGUCAGGAGUUUCCGUUGCAACUCCAACAGGGGUAUGGAUGAUGUUGACGUGCUCAAGUCUGCCAAAUCAACUCGAAUGAGGAAUUUAUCCGAAGGAAUGUUGGCAGAUCAUCGAGGUGUCGAAUGGGAAUCUGUUAUGAGAUCAUCUCACGAGCAAGCUCAGACCCUGAACAAAUCCACGAACAGAACAAUAGCGGGUGGUAGUUCAAAGGAGCUAAGUAAUCCCUCUACUUCACAUCGUCGCUACUCUUUGGAGGAGGGCAAAGCUGAGUAUGUCUACUCUGGAUACCGAGCAUCUUCGCGAAAAGUUAAUGGUAAAUCAUUAGAAGGAAGCGUGGAUGGUAGAGUGCGAAUCUCGGCAGAUCUACAACGUGCAUUGUCCUCGUUCCAACAGACUUUCGUGGUGUCGGAUGCUACGCAACCAGAUUACCCCAUCAUGUUCGCAAGUGCCUGUUUCCUCAGCAUGACCGGUUACAGCGAAAACGAAAUCAUAGGCCAGAACUGUCGAUUCCUGCAAGGUCCUCAAACUGAUCGAACAUCCGUCGCAAAAAUCCGCGAUGCAUUGAAACAAGGACGAAAUUUCUGUGGACGGUUGUUAAACUACAAGAAGGAUGGGAGCACCUUCUGGAACUUGCUCAACCUCACGCCAAUCCGGGGUGAUCAUGGCCGGGUCAUCAUGUACAUUGGUAUGCAGGUGGAAGUCAGUAAAUUCACAGAGGGAUCUCGUGAGAAGGCUCUUCGUCCCAACGGGCUCUCUGCCUCGUUGAUUCGAUACGAUUCUCGUCAGAUUGAUCAAGCAACCGAUUCGGUGACAGAGAUUGUAGGUGCAUUUAGAAAAUCAUCACACUCUGUGCCGAGGUCUCCAGAGUACCUGACGGAGGAUGACGAAGCUGAUGUUUCUGGGAUGCAUUCGGACAGGAAGCAGCUGCAUGCUUAUUUGCACUCCAAAGAGCCUCAUCCAGUAAAGAAAUUAUAUGCUGCUGAUGGCAGCUCGGAUAUUCCCAAUGGACGACCUCGACGAUUGUCUGGCUUCCUCAUGUCCUUUUUGGGGAUCGGCACAAAGUCUCAUGGAGUUCCAGAGGAUCACAUCAACCUGAAGGAUCUGGUGACUACGUCGAGUGCGGAAGAUGAUGAAAAUCGAGCCUCGUUGAUUCGCAAUGCCAUCGACCUGGCCACAUCGCUGGAGCGUAUCAACAAAAAUUUCGUCAUCACAGAUCCUCGGUUGCCGGACAACCCCAUUAUUUUCGCCUCCGACGAGUUUCUGGAUUUGACCGAAUACUCCCGAGAGGAAGUGCUUGGUCGCAAUUGCAGAUUCUUACAGGGACCAGAGACCAACCCUGAAACCGUGAAACAGAUCCGAGAUUCUGUAGCUGAUGGCAAAGAUAUAACUGUGCAGUUGCUGAACUAUACCAAAAGCGGCAAACCUUUUUGGAACCUCUUCCACCUGCAGACUGUGCGCGAUCACCAGGGUGAGUUACAGUACUUCAUCGGAUUACAGCUGAAUGGAAGGGAUUAUUCGGAGGCUCCUCUCCAGCGCCUUUCUGACGAUACGGAGAGAGAAAGAGCGAAGCUAGUGCAAAAAACUGCUAUGGAAAUUGAUGAUGCAGUUCGCGAGCUUCCAGAUGCAAAUUUGGGUCCUGAAAGCCUUUGGGAUCUUCAUUCCAGGCCUGUCUUUCCCAAGCCACAUAUGCAGCAGUCGCCAGCAUGGAGAGAAAUCCUGACGGCCAGGAGCACCAGUGGAAGGCUGAUGUUGAAGAACUUUAAACCUCUUAAACCUCUCGGAUAUGGUGACACUGGAAGUGUUCAUCUAGUGGAGCUGCGUGGAACGGGUCAAGUGUUUGCAAUGAAGGCCAUGGAUAAAGGGGUAUUAAUGAAUCGGAACAAGGUGCACAGAGCUUGUGCGGAGAGGCAGAUUUUGGAGCUCCUAGACCAUCCUUUUCUGCCUACUCUCUACGGUUCAUUUCAGACUGUGACCCACGUGUGCUUGAUCAUGAACUUCUGUCCGGGCAGCGAGCUUUACUUAGCCCUGGAACAACAACCAAAGAAGCACUUUCGAGAAGAAUCAGCUCGAUUUUACGCUGCUGAGAUCAUCAUCGCACUGGAGUAUUUGCAUUGCCUAGGUGUGGUGUACAGAGAUUUGAAACCAGAGAACAUCUUGAUUCAAGACAACGGCCACAUUCAGCUUACUGAUUUCGACUUGUCUAUCAACUCUUCCGCCAACUUACAGUUGAUGGAAACCACAGAGCCAAAGACGAAGAGGAAGAUGACGAAGAUUAACGUGACUCCAAAGUUGAGACGGAGGUCCAAGGCAUCGAAGCAUCCGGUAUUUUUCGCAGAGCCACUUGCCUCUUCCAACUCCUUCGUGGGAACUGAAGAGUAUAUCUCUCCUGAAAUCAUCACGGGACAUGGACAUAGUAGUGCUGUCGACUGGUGGUCUCUGGGAAUAUUAUUGUACGAAAUGCUAUUCGGACGUACUCCUUUCAAAGGAGGUAACCGACAGAAGACGUUUGCAAAUGUGCUGGCCAAAGACCUCUCAUUUCCAUCAAACAUUCCCGUGAGCUCGGAGGCCAGGCAAUUGAUCCAGGGACUGUUAGCAAAAGAACCCAUAAAGAGGCUUGGCUCCACACACGGAGCGCACGAUAUUAAGUCGCAUCCAUUCUUCCGGGGCAUUAAGUGGCCUCUCAUCCGAUGCAUGAGUCCCCCGGAAUUGGAAGUGCCAGUCCACUUCAUCGCAAGCUUAGAAGACCUGGUGAAGGAGAGCGCCGACUUUGAAUGGGACGACGUGGAAGCGACCUCACCGUUUCGAGGGGUAUUUUGAAGGUUGAGGAGCUCGUAUGGACCAAGUAUAGUGCCGGGUCUAUGAGACCCAUUUCAACAUCUACACCCAACUCAGUAGCACUAGCAUUGUAAAGUAUGUGCACCACUGUGGACAAGUUAGCACCCAUUGGCGAUGAUGCACUUGUAACAGAAUGUGUAUACUGUAAAGUGAUUGUUGAGUUGCCUAUUCCAGACAUCUGGAUGAAUGAAUGAAUGAAUGUUGGUCA